AUGUAUAACCUAAUCCUGUUGCAUCAUCGUCAAAGUACUAACUCUUUACACCAGAAUCUUUCCUUCAUUCUCAACAAACCAUUCGAUGUCAAAUUCGAACAAAAGCCCAAACCAACCCUAUCUUCCCCUCACGAUGUACUGGUCGCAGUAAACUACACCGGAAUCUGCGGAAGCGAUGUUCAUUACUGGGUGGAAGGUCGCAUCGGCGACUUCAUCGUCGAGAACCCCAUGGUACUAGGUCAUGAAUCAUCCGGAACCGUCACACAAGUUGGAGAUGCCGUCAAGAGCGUCAAGGUGGGAGACCGCGUGGCUUUGGAACCAGGAACGCCCUGCAGAAGAUGCACGCCGUGUCUGAGUGGCCAUUAUAAUCUCUGCGACGACAUGAGAUUCGCAGCCACACCUCCAUAUGACGGCACACUCACAGGAUUCUGGUCAUCGCCCGAGGAUUUCUGUUAUAAACUUCCAGACCACGUUACUCUGCAAGAAGGCGCGCUCGUCGAACCUCUCGCCGUAGCCGUCCAUAUCGUCAAGCAAGCCGAGAUCAAGCCUGGACAAACAGUCGUAGUCAUGGGUGCAGGUCCAGUUGGACUUCUCUGCUGCGCAGUCGCAAAAGCAUACGGAGCAUCCAAGAUCGUCAGCGUUGACAUUCAAGCUUCGCGCUUAGAAUUCGCUGCAAAGUACGCUGCCACUCACACAUUCACACCUGAACGCGUCGCCGCCACAGAAAACGCCGCACGUCUUCUAAAAGAAACCGGCCUCGUCGGUGGUGCUGAUGCUGUGAUUGACGCAUCAGGCGCCGAACCCUCAAUCCAAACAUCGAUCCACGUCGUGCGUCGCGGCGGCAUCUAUGUGCAAGGCGGUAUGGGCAAACCAGAUAUCAAUUUCCCUAUUAUGGCGCUGUGCACAAAGGAGAUUACCUGCAAGGGCAGUUUUAGGUAUGGGAGCGGUGAUUACAAGUUGGCUGUGGAGUUUGUGGCUAGUGGGAAGGUGGAUGUUAAGGCGCUUAUUACGGGGACGGUCAAGUUUGAGGAUGCGGAACAGGCGUUCAAGGAUGUUAAGGAGGGUAAGGGGAUCAAGGUGCUGAUUGCGGGACCAAAUGAGAAGUGA